CACAGCAGGGAUGUGCCAGAGGUGGGUGGGGCUUGAGUGCUGGAGUGGCAGUGUUCGGUGUGGAACGCUCAGAGAGAGAGAGAGAGAGAGGAGAGACAGCGCUCCGUUCGUCCGAUACUCCUGCGCGUCUCUCUCACUGCAGCUCUGUAUGCGAGUGUGUGUGUGUGUGUGUGAGAGCGUAUAUGUGUGUGUGUUCAUGUAUGCCGGCAGCAGCUGCAUCGCUCCUUCAUCCUCUUCAUCUUCAUCUUGCGUUCGGAGUGAAUUCACAGCAUUGGCGCACGAUCCUGCUCAUCUGUUGCCUUGGUGAUGGGCUGUCGACUGUCAGGGCCGUGGAUGGGCGACGGGAUGGGGGUUCACGGUCAGGAUUUGACGCACCUGCAGAAGCGAGAGGCCUUCCGUAUCCUGGCCAGCUACGAGCAGCCAAUCACGCUCCAGAUCGAGGGGAGGGGGCGGAGCCUGCAGUAUAACCGAACGACGGAUUGCAGCACGCAAACGGAGCGACCGUGGGAUCCUCUCCGUCCGCACUCGUGUUCCCUGCCUCGUCUGCCUCCCUCGGACAGGAUGUACUACAAUCACAUGACCCUGCCCAUGAACCGUAGAGAGGGAAGCAGGUACGAGUAUCUGCCAAACACGCCCAGAGACCUGGAGCACAGGGAACGCCUGGCCUACAACGAGCAGGAGUUCUCCAGUGGCGUUUCUCAGGGACAGAACUGUCUGAUCGGCUGCUGCAAAACCAACUUCGAGGAGCCCAGAAGUUUCCAGAGUCAGACUGAUGAGGACGACUACCUGAUGGAGAAGCCCCUGGGUUACCUGCCUCUUCACCACGAGCUGGACAGUGGCCUCGGCUGGACUGACGGGAGUUUCCACCAGGGGGAGCUGUCGGGGGUGGAGACGGAGGAGGGGGUGGAGGAGUGCCACGCCCGCGGAGGAAGAGGAGGCUCGCCCUCGUCAGAGUCCUUCAUCUCGUCAGAACUCAGCGACUCUGGUUUCUACAGCGUCAGCACUGGCGAGUUCCUGCGUUUCCAGCGUCUUCUAGAGAAGCGCAUGCGCCAUUACAAUGCCCGACUGCACCACCAGGGGGAGCCGUGUUCCCGCGAACGACGUGACAGCCAGAUUAAACACCCGCUCGAAGCCAUCCCGGAAACGUUGACGGUACAACCUCAAAAUGUCUGCGUGGGGUCGCGAGGAUUGUCGCGGGUGUCGUCGGUGCAGUAUCGCAAGGCGGAGCGACCAUCUUUGAACAGGCAUAGCUCUAGCAGCGGCUCGCUGUUUAAUCCCGCGGUGCACUCCACGUGUAGUACGCCAUCCGGCCAGCGGCGGGCGUUGCCACAUCCGAGCUCUGUAGGGAUGCUAAGGAGGAGCCGGACACUUCAUAACCGCCCUACACCCAUGGAGUACCGCAGACGCGCUAGUCACCCGGCUUCGCCUAAUUAUAGCAGCGCUACGCUGCAUCCCUGCAGCCACGGAGCCGACCUUCCCAUAAAUCUCCCCGAGGAGCCGGACUUGCCACUGGUUAUUCACCCGGCGCUCCCUACGCGGACUGCACACGCUAUGCAUGCGAUGAGCCAACCGUCCCUGAUCUCUCCCGCGGAGGAGCUCUGCUACAUGCCUCCGAAUCUCCAUGAGCGCAGGAUGCUAGCAUCCACCGAUCCCGUAAUGGAGCAGCCGCCUAGCCGGCAACGGUUCCACACGCUAAGCCACACGCCCAGUCAGGAUGCUAACGAUACCUGGCCGAAACCCGCUAACCGCGCGGGAUCGUGUGGAGGAGGUGGACUCUAUAGCACCUUGGAGGGACACGUUCCAACCGCAGCCGCUAGGAAAAUGCCGAGUGGGAACUUGCGUGCAAUGCGGAACCAGAUGCUACGGGACAGAGCGUCCCGACUAGCGGAUGAGCGUAGCGGCAUGAGCACGGAUGAAGAGAGUCAUAGCGAGGUACGCAUGGGUCGUUACUGGAGCCGGACCGAGCGACGCGAACAUAUGCUACAGAAACAGCAACAGCUGCAGGCUAGAGGGGGCGUGGCUACGACUGGAUUGGUGCAAGGGGUCGUGGGAGGAGCCAACGUAGAUAGUUAUAAUACAGUUCUCGAGAUGAGCCAGAGGAAACUAAGUCGCCUGAGGAACCGGAAGCUACUGGAUGACUGGACCACCGUAGAAGAACUCCUGACGCACGGAUCGCGCCUGAGCGAAGACGCCCGGCAGCUGCCCACGUCGUUGCUAACCGUCACAACUGUAUAGCGACACUUGCCGAGUGUGUGUGUUCAGAUGUGCGUGUGUGUGUGUUUGUGUGUGUUGGACCGCCCGCACUACACAAAGCUACCUCCUGAAAUUGAGGUUUACUGUAGAUAUACAGAUGUUUCCAAAAAACACCGUAGUAAAUUGAUUUUUAAAUGUUAUAUUUGGAGUAUCUCGUUUUGCAUUGUGUUGUAAAAAAUAUGUUUUGUUAAUAUGGAGCGAAAUCACUGCAGUUUUGAUUCGACCGCAUGAAGCAAUACAACAACGCCAGACAAAACCGAAUUUCAUUUUGGUGCCAAGAAAAGUUUACGUUACGGAUCAAUUUAAGGUGGUGCUAACCGUGAGAUUUCAUUUAAUUUCAGAUUAUUCGCAACUAUAGCCUAUAAACGACAUCCGGAUUACGUCACUUUUGCACAAAAUUGAAAAUUCCCUCUCAGACCGUCUUCCGCUAGCCGAGUGAAUUUGUGGCGUUAGCACAGCUCCACCUUUCAAUCGUGAAUCUGAUUCUCUGGGAAUAACACCGGAUAAUCUAAAGGCAGGUCGUGAGUCAGAUGAUUGGGUGUUCAGGGUCAUCCUGGAGAUCAGGCAGCGGAAAACAUGAGUGUGUGUGCGGGUUCUUGCACUAUAACUGUAGUUCUGUAGAGUAUUUUUAAAAGCUAUUUUUCUUGUGCUCUUCACAAUUGAUGUCACUAAAAGGAACAAAGAACUUUUAUAAAGACUCAAACGAGAAUUAUAAGUGGUGUCAACAGCAGUACAACAAUUUGGCAAGAAACUAAACUGUUCGUUUGUUCUUGUUCGGUGCAGAAUUAUAUUUUCACCGCACCUUUCCACAAACCAGGGGGUUUCAAUUUUACAAUGGGCAUCAUGAAACACAAGCAG